AAAACAGUCGCCAGCCAGUAAUCCACUAGAGCGCGUUCGGGCACGGACCAGUGUUAGAGACAAGUCUGGUCUCAGAUCACAAAACUCAACAAAAUAAUUCGGCAUUUAGUAGUAAUUUGAAAAAACCCCAACCAGGCGUCGGAAUCGCGACUCAAACGGAAAAACCCGAAACCAAUUUAGAGCCCGGCGCGGAACUGCCAAGCGAAAUGAACCUGGAGCAAGGGCCAAUUUCGGCCAGAAGAGGACAGCUGGGUCUGCUGGCCACCCUCCUGAUCCCGAUCCUCCUCCUCGGCGGACAGACGGCGGCCCAGUCCAAUUAUGUGCAGCACGGCGAUAGCAGCAACUACACCACCAACGGACUGCCCGAGGAGGCGACUCUCGACGGCAAGGUGACCAAACUGGACGACAUCAGUCCGCUGAUAUUCCUCAACCGAACGAAGGCUGCUCUUAACUGCGCUGCAGGAUCCAUGCAGGUCGAUCUCAAGUUCAACGAUCCAUUCCAUGGCAUCAUCCAGGCUGACUACGAUCGCAGCAGUGCCUGCCGCGUGAGUGGAAAAGGAGCUCUGAGCUACCGACUCGAGUUGCCGCUGAAAGGAUGCGGUACCAUACAGAACCCCACCCGUGUGUUCACCAACAACAUCAUCGUUCGGUUCCACGCCAAUCUGGAGAUGGAUGGCGACGAGAUCAUCACGAUAGUCUGCCGUUAUCCUCCUCCAGUGCCCUCGCUGCCACCCGCACUUCCAGCUCCAAUUCUGAACCCGAUUGCCACCAGCUCCGUGCUGCAGCCGCCGCUGAAGAGCAUCCAGAUCCUGAUGAUCAUCUGCGCGAUCAUGUUCCUCACCCUGCUGCUCCUGGGACUCGCUGUUUCCUACUACUGUCUGCGCAGUCGCUCCAUUCCGGUGGUGCGCCGCCUGCCCAUGAGCAUGGGCAGUGGAUCGGAGAUCACCAAGCUGAGUGGCAGCAGUGUGGGCAACAUCAGCGCCUUCGAGGGCGUCAAGAUACCGCGAGCACACGCUGCCCUCCAGGCGGUGUACAGCUCCUCGGGCAGCGAGGGAGCCCUCAUUCCCUCGGACUAUCCCAGUGAAUCGCACUCGGAGAUUGAGGAGAUCGACACAAGAUCGCUGCCCUUCAGUUCGGCGGGUAGCUUCGAGAAUCGCGCCUUUGUCCAUGAAACGUCAAGCAUCUACAGUGAUCACUAUGUUCCCGCCCAGGAGCUGCCGUCGGCGAAUGCGGUGAUGACCACCACGGCCAUGACCCGCCACUCCAUACCCAUCCAGGAGGCCGUGGCCGCCGAUUCGCCCAAGUUCGAUGUCCAGGUGAGGGUGAAGAAGAGCCCGCCGCCGCCACCAUCGCCGGUGACCUCGGAUACGGAAAGUGUGGCCACUCUGCGUCCGGAUCGGAACAAUCUGUCGACCAUUAUGGAGGCCUACGAAGAUCGGGAGAGCGUCCUGACCAUGGACUCACUGCCGCCGCAGGUGGAGACGAUGCACUCGCAGUUCACCUAUGUGCCGGAACUCCAUCCCGCGCCGCAGGUGCCCCAAAUGAUCCCACCUCCAGUCAUUGCCGAACCCAAGUUCUCUGUCUACACUCGCACCCAUCACGAGGUGGUGGAUGGUCGACCGGAGAACUGGUCAGAUUAUACCGAUGGACCGGCGCCCAGUGAGAUCACCGACCUGUCCUCCGAGGCUCCAGACAUGACGGUGGUGGACACGAUGCACUACUACGAGGAUGAGUUCCUGCCAGCGGUGGUGACCUUGCCGCCGCCGGUGACCUCGCACACCGUAGACGAUGUGUACCUGCGCACGGUGACCGAAAAGAAGACCAUCGAGGAUAUCGAGAGCCACAAGCGUCGGGUCACCGAGUACAAGAGCAAGCCGAGGGCACCGCUACCACCACCACCACCGCCCCAGGUGGAUCCCAAGUUCGAUGUGCGGGUGAGGAACUAUCCCAGCGAUCGGGAGCAGCAGAUGUGGGAGAACUUCUCGGACAUCUCCAGUGCCUCCGGCCUGACCCUCACGCCCAAGAUGGAGCGCAGUGAGCUGAGUCUGCCGCCGGCGGAGCUCCCAGCCCAGAUCCAUGACAACAAACUGAAGCUGACCAGUCCCGAGCUGGUGGGCAACAUGAAGCCCAUUGAGGUGCCGCCGCAGGACAAGGAUGUGCCCAACUGGGAUGUGCUCAUCCGCAUCCUCGAGGAGCCGGAGAUGUCUGAGGUGGGCAACGACGAUGUCAGCUCGGUGCACAAUCUGAGCUACGACGACCGGGCCAAGUGGAAGGAGAUCAUCACCACGCAGUCCUCGCUGCGCACCAUGCUCACCGAGGCGGUGGUGCGGGAGGACUUCGAGCGGAUCCGCCAGGACACGCGGUACGAGCAUGUCUUCGAGCCGCAGACCUGGGAUGUGAUCAUCAGGAUCCUGGCUCCGCCCGACCACGAUGAUCCCGAUGUGGAGAUGCGAACGCCGAGACGCGGCAAGAAGGCAUCGCCGCAGCCAUGGGACACCCGAUCCCGGCGCAGUUCCCUGCCCACACUCUAUGAGUACGACAGCGAUGGUGGGUCGAGUGUGAGGACCAUCCGGAAUGAUCCCGGCAUGGGUGGCAUCCUAAUGCCAGGUGGUGGUGUGGGACCUGGCGGUGGACCCGGUGGACCCUUCAAUCUCCAGCGAUCGCGCCGCAGCUCGCGCACUUCCUAUCAAACGGAUCACAACGACUUCCGUUCCAUGUCCGAGGUGACCGUGGACUUCGGACGCCCCCAGAUGGAUGCCCAUCCGGAUAAUGUGAGCGAUGCCAGCAGCUACUAUAGGAUGCAGUACUACGACGAUGACGACCGACGCUCCUUCCACCGCUCCCUCAGCCAUCCGUCGCUGGCCCGAUCCGCCAGCGAGUUCACCGAGCACUGGACUGCCCCCGAGGAGUUGGAGGUGGAGGUCUCCUCGCCGGAGGGCACGCCGCACACUCGCCGGGCUCGACAGCCCCUGCCGUCGAAUCAGCUGGCCUUAACCGGAACUGGAAGGACCGGCGAGCGUAUUGUGGCCCAGAGCCAAACGCAAAGUGAGUAUGUGGAGACCCAUCGAAGGGUCUACCAUGCCGAAAAGGAAAUGCCCUUGCCACCGCGCAAGUGGUAAGAAGAUCACUGGAUCGGUGGAGUCCCUUAAAAUUAAUUAACAAUCGAUGAAGCACACCGUUCCGAAGAAAGGGUUUUCAAACGAGAAAAACUCCAUAUCACAGACGAGUGUUCCGCCACCAUUCUUCUUCUCAUCGGAAUGAAAGGAUGGUAGGCAGAUCAGACCUGUUUUACGAAUGCCCCUUACAUUUAAUUCGCAUUAAUGGGUCAUAUGAGUACAUAACCUUACAAUAAUUAACAAACGUGCCAAUUACAAUUGCCUGACAAAGUAAGCCACUAUAAAGAAACACUUGAAUGUCAGUUCGAAGCGGAUGAUGUUGAAGGACCAUAAUCAGAACAGACUAGAGUUAUAUUUUUUUGAUAUUUCAGUUUGUGAAGAAGCGUCCAAGCACUUAAAUUCCAAAUUUUCUCAAGUGGUAUUUCUGAGAUUUCGCAUUUAAUCAAAUAUGUUCUGAGGAAAGUAGCAAGAUAGAUAAUUAAAAAGAUGGUGUGUGAAAGUUGUAAUUUUAGUUAAAAGUGUUCUUUAGAUGUUACGCUGCCGUUGAUCUUUUUUUGAUAGGAAAUUCGUAUGUGCAGUCACAACAUGGGGCCUAGCAUCCUUACUCUUCUUAAUUAACUAGUAAAACUUCUCAAUAUAUCGUCGAAAUUAGGUAUCCUAUUUUUUUCUAGUUACAAAUGUAUAUAUGUAUAUAUACAAAGAUCAAACUGCCACAUGCACACGAUUUUGAACAGAUUCGAGGAUCUUCACUUUUGAAUAUAUACUCCAGGUGGGAUAGAUACACAGGUUUGAAAUGAAAGUAUUACUACAGAAUAGUAUUUCCAAAUGCAUCGUCUUCUUGAUACUUAAACAUUGGAAUAUCCUAAUUAAACGAACGACAUACAGCAUACCGAUUACAGAUAACAGAUCGAUGAUAUACGGGGCCUCAAUUGGAUUGAUUCCUUUCUGAAAGGAUCACACAAUACUUUCUCACGAUUAUCAAUUUUUUCGUAACAUAGUACUAAUCCGUCCAAGACAUAGACUGUAAGUGUAAUUGAUAAAUAAUAAUUGAUAAUAAUACGCGAUUACGACAUGCUACAGCCUUAUAAACAAACUUACAUAUUCGCUUUCGGUUAGCCAAGCCUUUCGAAAAUGUGUGUAAUCUAAAACAAUUUGAAAUAAAUUAUAAAUAAAUAAAUAUACCCACUAACAAAG